AUGGCCCUGGACUUCUUGUCCAUCCCAGCUACUUCCACUGACACUGAGCGCACGUUCUCGCAUGGGCACCUCACCGUGUCUCGCCUUCAGCACUCCCUCGGAGAAGACUCCGUUUGUGCGGGAACUGUGGUCGGCUCGUGGGCCGGCAUCCCUGCCAUCCUGCGCGAGGACAACCUCGUGAACAUAAUAAAGGCCGGUCCUGCAGUGGCGGCUCGCAAGCAGGCUGCCAACGACACGGAGGCUCGCACCGCGGAGGCUGGUAACACCUUGUAUCUCGUGCAUUUCUUCGUCGUUUAG